CACCUCUUUGAUGGGCGGCCCCAACAAAUGGGAUAUUUGCAAUACCUCGACGGGAGUCCUCGUUGAGCUUUGGUCAACCACACAACUUCCCCGCUCACCGAAGCGGCAUCUCGCGAGACUUACUGCAGUGCGUAAAACGUGAACGAGCAGGAAUCCUUCAGUAAAAAAUGGCAUCUCUUCUCUCUUACGUGCCGUUAGUCAACCGGCUGGUGGCUCCGAGCCCCGGUCCCAAGUUGAUUGACAUUGAGCCCGUCGAGGUGCACAAUGUCGAGACGAACCCGGACAAGAGAUCGCGCACGCUCAAGCAUCUGCUGAGGGCAAACCACGUCAACCACUCCAUCAUCUACCACAACCUACAGUUCGACAACCACAUGCCGCAUAUCCUCUGCUCCGCGUACCACCUGGGCGCCGAGUCGCAGCAGCUUUACCGCAUCUACGACGAGGAGGCCAAGAGCCUGGAGCCGUGGAAGGAGUCUCCAUCCGAGAUUGCGCAGGAUGACUGGCGCGACUUUCUGGGCGACAAGCGGUACCAGAGGGCCUACGUAGAUUUCUUCGAAGAUGCACUGGUCAUGAAGCAUGCGUACAACUGGAAGAAGGUGAUCGAAGAGUACAUGUUCCAGGGGGACGAGCCGCUGGUCAAUGGUCUCAUAGGUGGCCUUGGCCACCCCCUAAUCCAUCUCGGCUACGCCUACGAGUUCGACAACCGCGAGAUCGCCAUGGAAGCCCUCGGACUGGCGGCGACACAGUACAACUUCCUGCACAAGUACCUCGACGACCCGGCCUACACCCGCAAGGCUCCCUUCUCCUCCACCUCGACGCGCGAGCUCAUCGACAAGCUGGCCGCGGACGACCGCUUCGACGGGCUCUUCAAGGAGCCCGGCUUCGCCAACAUCGAGCCGCUCUUCCAGAAGCACGAGUCGCUCGUGCUCGAGUACUGGAACGCGUGGGAUCUGGACGGCUCUCGCGAGAAGUCUCCUGCCGAGCUGUUCCGCGAGUCGCAGGAGGCCGCCGUGGCGCUGCUGGUGGCCACCGUGCGGCCUGGCACGCACGCGUACAACUUCUUCAUCGUGCACGUCCUGACGACCAGCCACGCCGUCCGCAUCCUGCUGCCGCUGCUGCCGGCCAGGUUUCACGUCAGCCUGGUCCGCCAGUGGUGGCUGCUGGCGCUGGCCGUGUACAUCGCCGAGCUGCGGCCGCGGAUCGAUCCGGACUACGUGCCGGGGGAUCUGAAGGGGAAGGGGUGGAAGUAUGUCGAGCAUCAGGCGCUGAACUCGGAGUGGGCCACUGAUGCGCAUUACGUGAAGGGUGAGUAUCCAGGUCCUAUUUUUUUUUCUGCUUUUCUUUUCUUUCAUUUUCUUUUUUUUAUUUUUUGUGGAAGGUCAAACUCAAGUCGUUCAACACCGUUACUGACGAGCGACAGCUAUUCGGGCGAUGAGAGAGGCGGCACGGACGUGGGGAGAUGUCCAUGACCGGUAUCUGGCAGCUGCUGUCAGGUUCGUGGAUGACUUUGAGGGCUGGGUGCAUUGAUGGUUUGAUAUGGAACGGCGUCCCAGCAUUGAGGCAAGUCAGAAUGUAAUGAGCUUGGGAACAGGGUAUCUCAGUUGCAAAAAGGUAUGUCGAGGCAAGUCGAGGCAAGUUGAACAUUGAGGAAGGUGAAAUACCACAAUACCACACAGGCAGUCGUGUAUGAACAGCUACCUAGGGUUAGGGUUCCAUGCCUUAGAUC